AUGGAUGGAACAAAAGCAUUACCGGCAGACAUAGGAGACACCCAAGAACUACGUCGUCGUCCCGGGCCAAAAUUGGCUCGAUGGAUUUGUGUGGCACCUGGUAUCAUCCGGCAGUUUGUCGCCAUGCAAUGCGGUAAGCUCGUCCAAGACAUCUACCGCGACCAUAACCCAGCAUGGAUCUGGAAUACCAAAGCUGCGAGGCUCGUCCAUGUCCACAUCCUGGACCCGGCUUCCUGCGAGGCUGUGACCCAUGUCGUCCCUCCGCCGCCGCCGCCGGACGCAAGAGGAUACAUCAAAGCGGGCGGCUCGUUCUUCGUUGUGGAAGAGCAGCCCGAGAACCGUGUUGACGGCGGAGACUUCGACAACGUCAAAUCUGUCUCGGUAAUGGACAAGGAUCAAGCUGUCCAGCCAGAAUCGUCGCUUGAUCCUACGCAGGCGACCCAGUGCAAAUGUGGGAUCAGGUUUUGUGACUGCGUGUAA